UGCCAUUGUUUGGUGGGUCGAAUCUAAAAAGUUGUGUAAAUUAAUGGCGGAAUCCGUAGUGUAACGGCUGUAGUUACUUUGUAUUUUUUACUUUUAUUUGUAUGAAGGGAAACAUAAUACUGAAGCUAAAACGGCAAGCGGAUACCCGAAGCUUAAAAGUGCUGCUGACGAGCUGGACAAAAACAAACAAACAAAAUAAAGCUGUUUUAGGGGAAGACUUUGGCUCUUUGUUCUGGGAGCCAUGCUCCUCUCCUUCAACAGUACAGCUUUUGGGAAGACUUCAUGGUGACCUGAGGUCUUUAGGCUCCACCUACUGAAGCUCUUCUUGAACUUUAUCCGACAGCCAAACAAGAUCAUCAGCUGGAGUUCUCUGGGUUGUGUUUUUUUUUUCCUCCCUCUUUUUUUUCCUCCCCUUUUCCAUUUUUGAUUCUUAGGAAUUUCACUAGGAUUUUCCAACGUAUUAUGCACCUGAAUGGAUGAAAGUGGUGUUCUGAUUAGCAUGCGGGAUGAGGACCAGUCCUUUCAUGUCCGCUACAGGAUGGAGGCGUCUUGUCUGGAGCUCGCCCUGGAGGGGGAGCGGCUCUGCAAGGUGGGGGACUACAAUGCUGGGGUCUCCUUUUUCCAGGCGGCCAUCGAGGUCGGCACCGAGGACCUCCAGGUCCUCAGUGCCAUCUACAGCCAGCUGGGAAAUGCUUACUUCCAUCUGCACGACUACACUAAGGCGCUGGAGUACCACCACCACGAUUUAACCCUAACUAGAACAAUCAGAGAUCGGCUCGGAGAAGCAAAAGCCAGUGGCAACUUGGGAAACACGCUGAAGGUCCUGGGGCGGUUUGACGAAGCGGUGGUUUGCUGCCAGCGGCACUUGGAUAUUGCCCAGGAUCUUCACGACAAGGUCGGGGAGGCCAGGGCACUCUAUAAUUUUGGGAACGUUUACCACGCCAAAGGCAAGAGCAUCUGCUGGAACGGGGCCGACCCAGGGGACUUCCCCGACGAGGCCGUGGUGGCUCUCCGCAAAGCAGCCGACUACUAUGAGGCAAACUUGCUUAUAGUGAAGGAAAUUGAAGACCGGGCCGCACAGGGACGGACGUAUGGGAACCUGGGUAACACGCACUAUCUCCUCGGAAACUUCCGGGAUGCAGUUGUAUCUCAUGAGCAGCGUCUUCUAAUCGCCAAGGAGUUCGGCGACAAGGCGGCGGAGAGGCGGGCGUAUUGCAACCUCGGAAAUGCGUUUAUUUUCCUGGGGGAAUUUGAAGUUGCUGCUGAUCAUUACAAGAAGACCCUGCAGCUCGCCAGGCAGCUCAAAGACAGGGCAGUGGAGGCGCAGGCCUGUUACAGCCUGGGAAACACGUACACGCUGCUGCAGGACUACGAGAGGGCCAUCGACUACCACCUCAAGCACCUCAUCAUUGCACAGGACCUCAAUGACAGGAUUGGAGAGGGUCGGGCAUGCUGGAGUUUGGGAAACGCCUACACUGUCCUGGGGAAUCAUGAUCAAGCCAUGCACUUUGCAGAGAAACAUCUGGAAAUCUCCAAAGAGACUGGAGACAGAAGCGGUGAGCUCACAGCCAGAAUGAAUGUCUCCGACCUCCAGAUGGUCCUGGGUCUCACUUACAGCUCCAACUCCUCACUUCUGUCCGACAGCAAGGAGAUUGACAGCCUUAAUGGGGCGCGGCCAAGAACGGGGAGACGUCACAGCAUGGAGAAUCUGGUACUGAUGAAGUUAACGCCCGACAAGGCACACUCAAAGUGGAGCAGUGACAUCCUAACCAAACCAUCUAAGCCCACCCUGGCAAAAGCCUCCUCCAGGCUCUUCUUUGUCAACCGCUUCCGGAGCAAGAAACACAAGAACCACAGCUCGUCCAGCAAAGUUCUGCAGGACACCAGCAACACCCUGCCACAGUCUGAAACGGACGUACAGGAUCCACAGAAGAGGGUCAGCCCUGACAUGCUGAGCGACGAGGGCUUCUUUGACCUGCUCAGCCGCUUCCAGAGCAACCGCAUGGAUGACCAAAGGUGUUCCAUACUGGACGGCAAGAGCCGCAGCUCAACCCCCCCAAGUCCCUCUGGCCCACCUCGGGGAGUGCGGAAAUCCCAGUCACUAGGGAUUUCAGCACAUAACGAGCAGCUGCUGGACCUGGUGGCCAGCUCCCAGAGUCGGCGUGUGGACGAGCAGCAAGCCAGCGGCUCUGGCUUCCCCGGCCUGCGGAUCAAUCAGCAGAAUGGCCAGUCUGUCCUCAGCCACCUGAUGGCCAACGCGGACAACGCGGAGCCCGACGACGACUUCUUCGACAUGCUUGUGAAGUGUCAGGGCUCCAGGCUGGAUGACCAGAGGUGUGCCCCGCCCCCACCGGCCGCCACGGGCCCCACGGUCCCGGACGACGACUUCUUCAGCCUCAUCAUGCGCUCCCAGGCCAAGCGGAUGGACGAGCAGCGCGUCACCCUGCCGUCCACCUCCAGGUGGCCUCCCUCAAGCUGAAGGCCAGUGUGCGUUUUGGAAGAGGUGCUCGGCGUACAAUAAACCAGAACGCGCAUGUAAAGACCUUCAGAAGGUACACAGCAGCAUCCACUGCAUUAUCAAGAAGGUGCACAAACGCAAACUCCGGGAAACACUAUUUACUGUAAAGAAUUUUAAAUCCCUUUUUUAAAAUAGCGCAAUUAUUAAUUUCAACAUUUCUCUAUUAAUUGAAUUUGCACCGUAUAUUGUUUAAAUGUAGAUGAAAUUGUAGAAUUUGGGCAUUAUAUUGUUGGGGGAAAAAAAUACUGUUGUACAGAUAAUGGGCUCCUUUAUACUUCGGUUAAGACAGAGGAAUAAAGCCUCAUUCUAAUGGCUAAUAUUUGUUUUAUUAAGUAAUAGCUCUGGGGUAAUACAAUAUUGUGCUGUAUUUUAAAUUGACCAUCAAUUUACGUAUCCGCAAUUGCCGUGACAUGAGCAAUGGCAGACAUUUAAAUGCCACAUCCGUGUACUGCCUUUUUGGCUAGGCCCCAACCCUUCAUUUCACUGCACAUUUACUCCCGCGGGGCAGUCCCUCAGACAUCAGGGGAGGUCUCCUGUGUCGGCAUGCUAAUGGGCGAUGCUUGUUCCCCGGAAGAGGUGGCGUCUCUCUCAUCAGCUGGAACAUCUGGCACCUGGACACAAGAAAAAGCAACAGCUGUGUUUACAUCACGUCGUACUGCCUCUCGAAUAAAUACAACGGAGCACUCCCAAGUGGAGAACUGCAUUGCUUCAGAGCGGGGAAUUCACAGGGUUUCGUGUUAAAGAGCAAGAUCCCUGUAUGGUCAUUUCUACUCAGCACACAAGGAAAUUUAAAGGGGAAUCGUGCUGAAGUUUGAGGCACAUUCAUGGUCACCAUAGCAACUGGUAAUUGGCAGUCUGGGGCUCUGUGGGCCUCUGGGUAACGGCUCUGUGCCUGAGACCGGAAGGUCGCCGGCUCACAUCCCGGGAUGGGUUACACUGGGUCCCUCAGAAUAUAUGCCCCAGGGGGUGCUGUAUAAAUGCCCCCCUACUCUGACCCCCGGCUUUGUUCUCACCUGUGUGUAUAUAUAUAAUGUGUGUGUGUCUCUCAAUGGAGAACAAGAUGGGACAUGAAAACUACAAAGAAUUCUUAUGUACCUGUACAAACUGCAAAUAAAGUACCACUUCACUUUUCAUUCAAAAGGGACGGUAACAGUAAAUCGCCACCCCACCACAAGCACACAGCCUGUAGCUGUUUUAGAGCCACAAUCCGAGCUCUCAGUUAAGGCGCUUAAUUAUUAUUAUUAUGUCAUAUGCGAGCACAAUGCCCAAAUAUGAUGGGCUGUAAUGUUAGUUCUCAGACGAUAAAGGUCCCCCCCCCACAAUACGGGAAACAGCAUUUUAUUUUUUUCAGCACAGGCCGAUCCCGUGACACACAGGACAGUACUGACACUGACGCAGAGUGGAAAAAACCGGCUGCAACAGACAACUUCUAGAGCUAAUUAAUAAAUAAAAGCCUCUCAUUCAAUUGUCAA